GACUGGCACGUGGCACCAACCUCACUUCUCGAAGAAGGCAAAGAUGGCGGCAGAGGCCUCGACGGCUCGGCUCGCCCUGACCUCCUAUCGGCAGGUGGGGAGGAAGAGUUGGCCUUGGGAUGCCGCCGAAAUCCAGUGCACACGGUGUGGAAGAAGUGUAAUUUCCGGUCGCCACCACGAACUUCAGUGUGGUCACACUUUUUGUGAACUAUGCUUAUUAAUAACUGAAGAAUUCAGCACAAUUAUGUGCCCUGGUUGUGAGGUUGCUACAACUAUAAAUAUGAAACAAGGACACUACCCAAUGGAUGAAUGUAUUAAAGGAGAUUCUUUAAUGGGAAAAUUGCAACCUAAAAUGAUAAAGAAUUGUUCUCAUGACUUUAAAAGGACUGCUGAUCAGCUGACUUUUGGUAUUGGGGUACAGCAUUCAGCCUCCAUAUGCAGGACUCUUUUGAACUCAUCAGCUGUAAUGUUGGAGACUAAAACUACUGAAGAAAUUGAUGAAGCAUUGAAGAUAGCAGGAUAUAAUUCUGAACAAUUAAGUACUGCCGUAAAAGUACUUGAACACAUACAGAAUCAAGCAAAAGAGGAGACAGACAGUCUCAUGCAGGUUAUGGAGAAACAAUUUGAUCAACUUUUUGCUUCUCUUGUUUCCAGGAAAAAGAAUCUAUGUGAAGAACUUGUAAGAAAUACAGAUGACUAUUUAUCAAAGUUAGUAAUGGCUAAAAGCUAUAUUGAAGAGAAGAAAAAAGAUUUGGAUGCAGCUAUGAAGAUUGCAAGAGAGUUAAAAUCCGCACCUUCUCUGAGGACGUAUUGUGACAUGAAUCAGAUUAUUCGGACUUUGAAGUUAACAUUUGAGAGUGAAUUGUCACAAGUUAGUUCUCUAAAACUAAGGAGCUCUCCUAGGUUGAAUAUGAAUUGUAGUGAGAUUAUCUGUAUGUUCAACAGUAUGGGAAGGAUUGAAUUUGAGAACUCAGCAAAAUAUUAUCCCCAAGAAAAUGAAACUGGACAGAAUGUUCAAAAGAAAUGCUAUAAUAAAAAGGAACUUUGUUGUGAUACAUAUUCAUCGCCAGAAAAGAGAAAAGCUAAUAUGUCUCUCCUAACCAGUGAAGCCCUGGAGACCAAUGCUAUGCACUUAGAAGUCAAAACCUUUCAGCCACAGAAGGAGGUUGUUGCAGCGACCCCCCCUAAAACCAUUGCUGUGCUACCUCAAGUGGGAUCUAGCCCUGAUGUGAUAAUUGAAGAAAUUAUUGAAGAAAACCUGGAAAAUGGCUGUAAUGGCGGGCUGGGCCAGGCUGAAAGCAGGAGCCAGGAGCUUCAUCAAGGUCUCCUAUCUUGCUCUCCAGAUUAUCUUGUGGAGGCACCUAGAUAUCCAGAAAAACCUCUUCAGAAAGAGUCAUCAGUUCCUUUUGGAUCACAAGCAGGUUCUCCAGAGCUAGUUUUUGUAAGCCAUGUAAUACAUCCUUGCCACUUCUACAUUCGGAAGUAUUCACAAAUAAAAGAUGCAGCACUAUUGGAGAAGAAAGUCAAUCACUUUUGCAAUAAGAGGUUACACCUUGAUCCUUCAGACAUUUUGGAGCUUGGUGCAAGAAUAUUCAUCAACAGUGUUGAAAAUGGAAUGUGGUGCCGAGGAACUAUCACUGAAUUAAUUCCAAUAGAAAGUAAAAAUACAAGAAAAUCUUGUAGUCCGACCAAAUUCUCAGUCCGAGAAGUUGCACUAAUACAGAUAUUCAUGGUAGACUUUGGAAAUUCUGAAGUCCUAAUUGUCACAGGGGUUGGUGGUACCCAUGUGAAACCAGAACACAUUUCUAAGCAGCAUGUUUUUCUAAAUGAUUUAUGUCUGGUUCUACGGAAGUCUGAGCCAUACAUUGAAGGGUUGCUAAAAGAUAUCCCACCAUUAGCACAGCCAUGCUCACUGAAAGACAUUGUUCCACAGAAUUCAAGUGAAGGCUGGGAAGAGGAAGCUAAACUAGAAUUUUUGAAAAUGGUAAACAACAAGGCUGUUUUAAUGAAAGUUUUUAGAGAAGAAGAUGGUGUGCUUAUUGUGGAUCUGCAGAAACCACCAACAAAUAAAAUAAGUAGUGAUAUGCCCGUGUCUCUUAGAGAUGCGUUAGUAUUUAUGGAACUCGCAAGGUUUAGGUCACAAUCACCAAGAAGUCACUGUGAAAAAAAUAUGACUUUACACUAUCAUCCACCUAUCUUGCCUAAAGAAAUGACAAAUGUUUCUGUUAUGGUUUGUCAUAUAAACAGUCCUACUGAUUUCUAUCUUCAGUUGAUAGAAAAUCUGGAUUUUUUAUUACUAUUAAAAACAAUCGAGGAAUUCUAUAAAAGUGAAGAUGGGGAUAACCUGGAAAUCCUCUGCCCAGUUCAAGAUCAAGCCUGUGUAGCUAAAUUUGAAGAUGGAGUUUGGUACAGAGCAAAAGUAACAGGAUUGCCUGGAUUCCGGGAAGUUGAAGUUAAAUAUGUGGACUUUGGUAAUACUGCAAAAAUAACACUUAAAGAGAUGCGUAAAAUAAAGGAUGAGUUUCUGCAUCCCCCAGAGAAGGCAAUUAAAUGUAAACUGGCUUAUAUUGAACCAUGUAAAAGGACAAUGCAGUGGUCCAAAAAAGCUAAAGAAAAAUUUGAAGAAAAGACUCAAGAUAAAUUUAUGACAUGCUCAGUUAUUAAAAUUCUGGAAGAUAAUGUGCUACUAGUCGAGCUGUUUGAUUCUAUUGGUGUUCCAGGAAUGAAUCCCACUAGUAUUAAUGACCAGCUAGUCAAAGAAGGCCUAGCAUCUUAUGAAGUAAGAUAUACCCUCAAAGAUGAUUCUGAAAAGCAUACUGAAGUGUGGGAUCCUUCUCUAGAAGAAAUUAUUUCCAAUGAAGUAAAUGACUUACGUCCUGUGUCUGCAAAAUCUCUACCAAAUGAGAAUUUCCAGUCACUUUAUAAUAAGGAACUGCCCGUGCAUAUCUGUAAUGUAGUAUCUCCUGAGAAGAUUUAUGUUCAGUGGUUGUUAACAGAAAACUUAAUUAAUAGUUUAGAAGAAAAGAUGAUAGCUGCUUAUGAACACUCAAAAUGGAAACCUAUUAAAUGGGAAAAUGAUAUGCACUGUGCUGUUAAGGUCCCAGAUAAAAAUCAGUGGCGAAGAGGUCAGAUCAUUAAAAUGGUCACAGACACAUUGGUAGAGGUCUUGCUGUAUGACGUGGGUGUGGAAAUAGUAGUGAAUAUUAACUGUUUGAGAGAACUUGAAGAAAGUCUAAAGACAAUGGGAAGAUUGUCUUUGGAAUGCUCUCUUGUUGACAUAAGACCAACUGGUGGGAGUGACAAGUGGACAGCCACAGCUUGUGACUGUCUUUCAUUGUACUUAACUGGAGCUGUAGCAACUAUAAUCUUACAGGACAACAAUACAACAUGGCCUUUACCUGUGAAAAUCUUCUGCAGAGAUGAAAAAGGAGAGCGUGUGGAUGUUUCUAAGUAUUUGAUUAAAAAGGGUUUGGCUUUGAGAGAAAAGAGAAUUGAUACACUAGCUGACAGCUGCUCAGUAUCGGAGAAGUCUCCGGAAAGGCCCCUGGAACAGGAAGAUUCAGUAGUUACCAAGUGUACUAAAAUUAGCUUUGUCCCUGACAAAAAAUCUGCUGAUAUAACCAGUGAACACAAAGUUUAUGAAUUUAAGGAGAAAAUUGCAGAACCAAGAGCCCCUGGAUGCUACAAACCACCAGCUAUUCCUAACAUGAAAGUGUUUGAGGCAGUUGUCAGCUGCAUUGGUGAUGAUGGAACUAUAUUUGUGGUCCCUAAAUUAUCAGAAUUUGAGCUAGCAAAAAUGAUGAAUGAAAUUCAGAAAAAUUUAAAAUGUCUUGGUCUUUUGGAGCCUUAUUUGUGGAAAAAGGGCGAAGCUUGUGCAAUAAGAGGAUCCGACACUCUGUGGUACCGGGGCAGGGUAAUAGAAGCUGUUGGCGGCACUAUCAGGGUACAAUAUUUAGAUCAUGGAUUCACUGAGAAGAUUCCACAGUGUCAUCUUUACCCUAUUUUGUUAUAUCCUGAUAUUCCCCAGUUUUGUAUUCCUUGUCAGCUCUAUAAUACCAUACCGGUGGGAAAUAUCUGGCAAUCAGAUGCAAUAGAACUUCUUCAGGAACUACUUUCAAAGAGAGAGGUGGAAAUUCACGUUAUGGAAUUGCCUGAAAAUCCAUGGGAGAAAUUAUCUAUUCUUCUAUAUUUUGAUGGAAUGUCACUUUCUUAUUUUAUGGCACAUUAUAAAUAUUGUACUUUUGAACAUUCUGAAGAGAUACUGAAAGAAAAGCCAACAGAUUACAAUAAAAAGUAUGAGGCGGAAAGAUGGGAAAUAAGCUUUGAGGAACUGCUUCUAUCUGAAACAGAGACUCCUGUUUUACCACCGUAUGUGUCUUCAUCUCUGCCUCCCCCGGAAGAACUCUUUGCUGUUCAAGUGAAGCACGUUGUCUCGCCAAAUGAAGUAUACAUUUGCCUUGAUUCUGUAGAAAGUUGUAGUCAGUUUAACCAUCACAGUGACACGGACGACAGUGGAGUUAGCUGGGAGUCAGAACCUGAGAGCCUGGAAGAGGCGUUGCGAAGGUCUAAUAAGAACGUAGAGACGUUUCCUCCCCUGACUGAUUUCAGAACAGAAAUGCCUUGCCUUGCAGAAUAUGACGAUGGCUUAUGGUAUAGAGCAAAAAUUGUUUCCAUUAAAGAAUUUAAUCCUUUAACUAUCCUGGUGCAAUUUGUUGAUUAUGGAUCAACUGAAAAGCUGACAGUCAACAGACUGCGUCAGAUUCCUCUGCAUCUUAUGCAAUAUCCAGCCCGAGCCAUAAAAGUUCUCUUGGCAGGGUUUAAACCCCCCUUAAAGGAUUCAGGAAAGACAAGAAUACCGUACUGUCCCAAAUGGAGCAUGGAGGCAUUGUGGGCUAUGAUAGACUGCCUUCAAGGAAAACAACUUUAUGCUUCCUCCAUGGCUCAGGCACCAGAACAAGUAGUGACAUUAUAUGAAGAUGAACAGUAUCCAGUUCACAUGUCAUUAGUAGAGAUGGGGCUCGCAGACAGAGAUGACUGAUGUAUGCAAGGCAGAGUGCCCCCAGAGCCCAUAAGGAAGUUUUGUGUUACAGUUAGAACAUUUUCUUGAUUUGUUCUGCAGUUGUGUUCUUUCCCACCCCUGCCCCAUUCUUUGUGUUCAACUAUUGGGCGUGCUGUGGAAAAAGCAGGAAAAAAGUUAAUAAAUAUUUGCUUUCAAACA